AUGUCUCGCCAGUCCACCGUGAGGAUUCAGAGGGGAAGAAGUGGCUUCAGCGCUGCUUCGGCCAUCGUCCCAAACACCUGCCGCACCAGCUUCAGUUCAUGCUCCGUCACCCGGGUCGGAAACUGCAAUGCUGGCAGUGGGUUUGCUAGGGUUGGUGGUGGCUUUGGAAGCAAAAGCCUCUACAAUGUUGGUGGAUGCAAGAGGAUCUCUGUGGCUGGAAGGGGUGGUAGCUUCUAUGGAUCUGCAGGUUUUGGUGGUGGCGCUGGUAGCGUGUACGGUGGUGGCUUUGGCAUGCCAGCUAACCUUGGCUAUGGAUAUGGUGCAUUUGGUGGUGGCAUGGGUGGCCCUGGAUUCCCAGCUGGGGGCAUCCACGAAGUCUCCAUCAACCAGAGCCUUCUGAAACCUCUCAACUUGGAGAUUGACCCCAGCAUCCAAAGGAUCCGAAAGGAGGAGAAGGAACAAAUCAAAACCCUCAACAACAAAUUUGCCUCCUUCAUUGACAAGGUCCGAUUCCUCGAGCAACAAAAUAAAGUGCUGGAAACCAAGUGGAACCUGCUUCAGGAGCAGGGGAUGAAAACAGUUAGGAACAACUUGGAGCCGCUUUUUGAGACUUACAUCAACAACCUCAGGAUGCAGCUGAACGGUUUGCUGAGCGACAAGGGAAGGCUGGAGGGAGAGCUCAUCAACACACAGUACCUGGUUGAGGAUUUCAAGAAGAAGUAUGAAGAUGAAAUCAACAGGCGUACAGUUGCAGAGAAUGAAUUUGUGACACUCAAGAAGGAUGUAGAUGCUGCCUAUAUGAACAAGGUGGAACUACAAGCCAAGGUAGAUGCGCUGACUGAAGAAAUUAAUUUCCUGAGAGCCCUCUACGAAGCAGAGCUGUCUCAGAUGCAGACACAGAUCUCCGACACCUCUGUCGUUCUCACCAUGGACAACAACCGAAACCUGGACCUGGACAGCAUCAUCUCGGAGGUCAAAGCGCAGUACGAGGACAUCGCCAACAGAAGCCGGGCUGAAGCAGAGUCCUGGUACCAAACCAAGUACGAAGAGCUGCAGGCUACGGCAGGCAGGCACGGGGACGACCUCCGUAACACCAAGCAGGAGAUCUCUGAGCUCAACCGCCACGUCCAGCGGCUGCGGUCUGAAAUCGACAGCGUGAAGAAACAGUGCGCAAAUCUGAAAGCAGCCAUCGCGGACGCGGAGGAGCGUGGGGAGCUGGCCCUCAAAGAUGCCAAAGCCAAACUGGCCGAGCUGGAAGAUGCUCUGCAACAGGCCAAGGCAGACCUGGCCCGGCAGCUGCGCGAGUACCAGGAGCUCAUGAACGUCAAGCUGGCCCUGGACAUCGAGAUCGCGACCUACAGGAAGCUGCUGGAGGGCGAGGAGUGCAGGCUGGCUGGAGAUGGCGUCCCGGUGAAUAUCUCCGUGACCAGAACAACUGUGGGAACGGGGUACGGAGGAGGAAGCAACCUCAGCAUGGGAGGGGGAAUCUGCAAUAUGGGGAGCAGCUUCAGCUGUGGAAGCGGUCCUGGGGUUAGCAGCACUACCAUCGGAGGUGGCAGCAGCUCCAGCGUGAAGUUCGUCUCAACCUCCUCCACCAGAAGAAGUUACAGAAGCUAA